AUGUUUUCAAGUUUAUACUGGCGAAAAGCCUGCGUCUUUACGUGGCUGGUUUGCCAUCAUCAUCUGGUCUCGGGACUCGAUUUCAUCCCCUUAAUUCAAUCGUCACCAAACUUUCCAAAUCAUGAACAGUCGCUUACACAAAGAGCCGCAUCAAGACCAAAUGCCAGCUGUCCAGUCGACGGGCAAAUCGCCUGCGGUAAUGGCACGCCUGACUAUUUCUGCUGUCCCAGCGACAAGACAUGCAUGGUCUUAGCAUCCAACACCACGGCCCUUUGCUGUCCCAAAGGAGCAUCAUGCGAGGCGAUUUCCACCAUAAUAUGCGAUAUAACAGCGCAAGACGUUGUCGAGAAUCCAGAUAGCCCAAUACACACCACGAAACUCGACAAAUCUUUGCCAAAAUGUGGCAAUAGAUGCUGUCCUUUCGGUUACAAAUGCCAGGGCGAUUCUGUAUGCGUGUUGGAGAAGGAUGAAGGGUCUAGAACCAGCACUAGCACCAACAUCAUUGCGACAAAGACAAAGAUAACUUUCGUUUCCUCCUUGCCUUCAGUCGGUUCGUCCACUCAGGAGGCAGCUGAAACCCCUACCAAAAGCCUUGCAGCAAUACACCAAACAACGACACCACAUGUUAGCAGAAUCCAGCAGCUUCCGACUUCCUCAGUUACAGGCCCAUCAGAGGUUGCGACUCCAGCAGCCGUCACAUCAUCUGAAAAGACAACAUCAGUAGGCAUUAUCGCAGGCACGACCGUCGCAGCCAUCGCUGCCGUAGCUGGACUAACAUGCCUGCUCUGGUUCAAGCGGCGGUCCAUCUCUAAAAAAGUUGGUUCUGUGAAGUUCCCACAGCCAUGGCAGCAGCUGCGAGAAAACAGCUCGGAGCAGGGCGUUUCCCUCCCACGAUACAACUCCCCUCCGCCGGCCUACAACAUGGAGAUGAAGCAGCCCGCCGCCCAUCAAUACAAAUUCAAGCACUACAGCCCAGAUUCAGUGGGCAGCAACGCACCGGUUGAGCUGCCCGCCACUCCUGUGUCCUUUAGCGUGUGGAAUCCUCACAGCCCUCGCGGUGUCAGGGCCCCGCGCUCCUAUUACGAACCAUACCGACGUCCUGGGUAG